CACUUGCAUAUGGCCGCCGCUGCUUUGAGCUAAAAGAAAAAUACACCUGACAAAUAAUUUUUAAUAUUCUCAAUUUUAUACGUUCAACAAAGACUUUAUUAAUCAAAUAGAAAUUAAUUAAAAAUUGUAUGCCAAUAAAUACUCCUCAAUAUGGGAGAUCCAUUGAGUGCUGAUGUUUGGAAGAAUUUCCAAAAAUCUGGUAGAACAGAAUUGUUAAAAUUUCUAAAAGAAUCUAUCAAAGAUGGUGAAAGUCCAGUAUUUACCAAGGACAAUGAUUUUAAGAAAAAUAAUUCCAAAGUUAUUUACGAUUUCAUAUGGCAAGCUAUCAAAGGCAAUCUGAAGAAGGAACUGAUGAUAUCCACACUCGGUGAAGUUGUGACAAUGCAUCCAGAUUAUCCAUCAGUAAUACUCGAUAUAAUGAAUAUAAUUGAUGCUGAGACUUCGCUGGCCAGCGAUAGUGCUCAAGAUGAGCGAACAUUAUUCUGUCAAAUACUCAAGACAAUGGAGAAAAUUAUUCCUGAAUCGCUUAUCAAAGAACGCAUUGAAAUCGAUACUUUGCAAGAAGCGGGAAUUGUUAAAAAUAAGAUUUUUUAUACAAAAUUUAUAAAAAUCAAGACAAAGCUUUAUUAUAAGCAAAGACGUUUUAAUCUUUUUCGCGAGGAAAGCGAAGGUUAUGCUAAAUUGAUAACUGAAUUGAAUCAGGAUUUUGCUGAUGAUGUUACUCCAAAUAGUAUAAUGGAUAUUAUCAAGUCUUUGAUUGGUUGUUUUAACUUGGAUCCUAAUCGUGUCUUGGACAUAAUUGUCGAGUCAUUUGAAACUCGUCCCGAACGCCAUAGCCUGUUCAUACCCCUUCUCAGAUUGUACAUGCCUAAUGGAUCAAUUAUUUGUGAAGUUUUGGGUUAUAAAUUUCGUCAUUUUGCUGAUAGUGAGACACCACCAUCAUUGUUUCAAAUUUGUGCAUUGCUGCUAAAACAUGGUGUCAUUGAUUUGCAAGACAUUUACAUUUGGCUCAACCCAUCAGAUAAAUCAAUUGCUGCCGAGUGGGAAAAAGAUUUAGCCGAUGCAAAAGAAUUUGUUCGCAAACUAAAUGUCAUCAUUACCAACAAGGACAAAGAACCUGAACCCGAACCAGAAAAGGAUGACAGUGAAGACAAAUAUUCAACAAAUCAAAAAUUUGGACUCUGUGAGGGUUUGCUUAAAGUUGGCGAUUGGGAAAAUGCCAAGAAAAUUAUCAAAAGGCUGCCGGAACAGUCUGUGAUUGUUCAUGAGCCCAUAGCCAAAGCUCUUGCAUCACUAAUUCAUAUAUCCAUUGAUCAUAUCUACACAAAGAAAGUCUUCAAAGCUCCCAUCAAUAAGAAAAACAAGCUAAGCGAAGACAAAGAAUUGGUUGAUGCUCUUCAAGCGCGUGAUUUUUCCCAAUUACGUGAUAAUGCAUUUCCAAUGGCAAUUACUUUGGGUGCAUCGUUGCAGUUUGACACUGUUCUAAUGUACAAACUUAUACGAAUAUUGCGUUCAAUGAUAUCAGAAAUGGGUGUUGAUAGUUUAAAUUGUCCAGCUAUAAAUACAGAAGCUGAAAAAUUGUAUUUCGAAGUGGUUACAAUUUUAGAUGCAUCCAUAUUGCCUGCAUUUUCAUAUUUGGAUUGUAAUUGUUGUAUGGCUGAAGAAAUAUGGACUGUUGUUAAGGUGCUGCCCUAUCAUUUUCGCUAUAGUAUUUAUUCGCGGUGGAAGAAUGAAACAUUCUUGGUUCAUCCACAAUUGAUACGUCGUCGAGGCAAUGCUCAAAAACAAAUUAAAUCAUUGAUGAAACGUGUUAGCAAGGAGAAUGUUAAACCUGUUGGUCGACUUAUUGGAAAACUUAGUCAUUGUUCUCCUGGAUUUCUCUUUGACUAUAUAUUGCUACAAAUACAAAUCUAUGAUAAUCUCAUCGGUCCAGUUGUUGACUCUUUGAAAUACUUAACAUCGCUAUCCUACGACAUGCUUGCCUAUUGUCUAAUUGAAUCAUUAGCUUUGGCCGAUCGGGAUCGAUUCAAACAUGAUGGCACCUCAAUCUCAGUUUGGUUGCAAAGUUUGUCUUGUUUUUGCGGUGCAAUAUUCAAAAAGUACAACAUUGAGUUGAGUGGACUACUACAGUAUGUAGCUAAUCAGUUAAAAGCUCAAAAGAGUUUGGAUUUAUUAAUUCUCAAAGAAAUCGUACAAAAAAUGGCUGGCGUUGAAUCGGCAGAAGAAAUGACCAACGAACAUCUCAAUGCUAUGUCCGGAGGUGAACUGCUAAGAGGUGAAGCAGGCUAUUUCAGUCAAGUACGCAACACAAAGAAAUCAUCUCAGCGUCUCAAAGAAGCUCUGGCAAAUAAUGAUCUAGCAGUAACAUUGUGCUUACUUAUGGCUCAACAAAAACAUUGUGUUAUUUAUCGUGAAACAGCUCAGAGUCAUUUGAAAUUAGUUGGAAAGCUAUACGAUCAAUGUCAGGAUACAUUGGUACAAUUUGGUACUUUCCUUGGAUCUACUUACUCUGUAGAUGAAUAUGUUGAAAGACUGCCGUCAAUCAUUGCCAUGUUGCAAGAAUAUCACAUCAAUUCGGAUGUGGCAUUUUUCCUCGCACGUCCAAUGUUCUCGCAUCAAAUUAAUCAAAAAUAUGAUCAACUUCGAAAGGCUGAUCCAAAUGCUAAAAAGUUGACCACCAAUCAAAAGCUACAAAAAUACCUAGAAGCUACAACGGCCAUUAUGAAUCCUAUUGUAGAAUCCGUGCGGCCAUUGCAUGGACCAAAAGUCUGGGAAGACAUUAGUCCGCAGUUUUUGGUGACGUUUUGGUCAUUAAGUAUGUAUGACCUUCAAGUGCCUACGGAUAGUUAUCAGAAAGAGAUAACAAAAUUGAAGCAUCUUUCUGUUGCGGCAGCUGAUUCUAAAGAUUCGAACUUAUCAAAAAAUAAAAAAGAACAAGAACGUUAUAUUGCAUUGAUGGAUAAAUUGCAAGAUGAGAGAAAAAAGCAACAAGAGCAUGUAGAUAAAACAAUUCAGAGACUGACUCAGCAAAAAGAUAAUUGGUUCCUUUCGAGAUCGGCUAAAUCGGCGAAAAAUGAAACAAUUACACAAUUUUUACAACUUUGUCUAUUCCCAAGAUGCACGUUUACUGCCCUCGAUGCACUGUAUUGUGCGAAGUUCGUUCAUACUAUUCACAAUUUGAAAGCUGCUAAUUUUUCCACUUUACUCUGUUAUGAUAGGAUAUUUUGUGACAUAACAUAUUCAGUUACGUCUUGCACUGAAAACGAAGCAACACGUUAUGGUAGAUUUUUGUGCGCAAUGUUAGAAACUGUUAUGAGAUGGCACUCUGAUCAGGCUACUUUUAAUAAAGAAUGCGCUAAUUAUCCUGGUUUUGUGACUAAGUUCCGUGUUAGUAAUCAGUUUUCUGAAGCCAAUGAUCACGUAGGAUAUGAAAACUAUCGCCAUGUCUGUCACAAAUGGCAUUAUAAGAUCACCAAAGCAAUUGUCUUCUGUUUGGAUUCAAAGGAUUACAUGCAAAUUCGUAAUGCACUUAUCAUAUUGAUGCGUAUACUACCCCAUUAUCCUGUUCUAGCUAAGCUUGCACAAAUUAUCGAACGUAAAGUUGAAAAGGUUAGAGAAGAAGAGAAGAGCAAUCGUCCAGAUUUGUUUGUAAUUGCAUCCAGUUACAUCGGUCAAUUAAAACACAGAGCAUCACACAUGAUUAAAGAAAGUGAUUUCCAUCAAGUCUCUGAAAAACCAGCUAAAGAAGUUCCCGAAGUCAAGACUGUUGCUAAUGGAGAAGCUAAAGUUGAAAAACGGGAAAAAGAAAGAACUGAAAAGAAAGUCAUAAAAGUGAUCUCAACCACAGUAUCCACGAACAAUGAAAAAGAAACAACUCGCAUUGAAGCACCGGAACGUGUCGAACGCCCAGAACGAGUCGAACGCCCUGAACGAAUAGAACGUCCUGAGCGGGUAGAACGUGCUGAACGAGUAGAACGUCCUGAGCGAAUAGAACGUCCAGAGAGAUUAGAUCGACCAGAGCGAGUGGAACGUCCGGAACGAACAGACCGAACGGCCCGUGCUGAACGCGCAGAUCGUGUGGAACGUCCGGAACGAGUGGAACGUGUUGAAAUCAAAGACGAAACCAACGACCGUGAACACCGUACAGCUAAGGAAAUAAAGAAGGAAGAACGCUCUCGAGAAAAGGAACGUGACCGUGAAGAAGAACCCCGUAAACGCGACAAGGAAAAGCGUAGAGACUAUCGUUUGGAGUCACCUAGUGUUAUUGAAGUCAUCGACAAGCAUGGCGCUACAUUGGAAUACUAUGAGUAUGAAACUAAGGACCAUGAACGUGAGAGAGACCGGGAUCGUGACCUCAGUUCGGUUUCCAAUUCAAGCAAUGGAUCGCUGCACCGCCGAAGUCAAGAUAUAAUUGAAUAUGAAAAAGACUCUAAACGUCGCAAAAUGGAAUCAGUUAGCUCAAAGAAACAAGAAGAACCUAUUGAGAUAUCAAAGAAAGAUCGCAGUUCCAAGGCAAAAGAUCGCAAGGACAAAAUGACCGACGAAGAGAAGGACGCUCGCAAAGAACGAAAACUUGGUCGUAAAAGAGAACGCAUGGAAGAGAGUUCAUCUGCUGAUCACAAACGACGACGUGAUGUACAAAACGGAGACGACGAUGUAAGAGACAAAUAUCACCUCAGGGAUAAAUCACCACACGUACGUGAUGCCCGAGAAAGAUCGCAUGAAAAAUUCGAACGGGACAAGCAGUAUGGAUUCUCAAAAUCUUCAAGAUCGAGAAUAAACUAUUAGAUAUCUCAUUAUGGAAAAUGGGAAGGAAUUCUAAUUCUAAUUUAGAAAAAUGGAAAUUAAAUUAGAACAAACAAAACAAAAAAAAAAAAUAAUAGUUUGUAAGAUAAGUAAAAAAAUAACAAAAAAAUAUAUGUUUAAAAAAAUGUUAAAAAAAUAAAUUAGAUUAAAGUAAAAAUAAAAAAAAAGGAAAACAAUUUUAA